UUUACUGACUUUCUUACUGCGCAGCUGAUUGCGGUUCUGCGCAUCUGUUGACGACAAACUCUUUCAGGCCCACGGAUGCUUCCCAUCAGGCAUGAGACCCAUGAUUUCGGCGGUAUUUGGCAAGGUUAAGAUAACGCCGGUGGAUCCGAGAGGUAACGGAGCUCAGAGCUGAGAGGGAGCAAGGUGAUGUGGUCUCUGCCUCUCUGAUGCCAGAAUGAGAACUUACACCCGUGGGGCACCGACAGUGUUCUUUAUAAGUGCACUGUGGAUUCUAGUGUCCCCGGCUCUGGCUAAAGUGGACCCCAGUGGAGGCAUUCCGUUUCUUGGAGGCAACUACGAGGGAACUCACCCCAUGCUGUACUUUGACCGGACAGAGGUUGAGGAGCUGCAGCGAGCGGCGGUGGGGACACACAAGGCUUUGGCCCGACAGAUCCGAGAGGCCGGGGAGGCCAUACUGGAGCGACCCGAGGAGUAUCUGCCCCCUUGGAGCCCUGCUGAGUUUAGUGCCCGCUGGAAUGAAGUCUAUGGGAACAACUUAGGCCUGCUCUCUAUGUUCUGCCUGCUGUACCCGCACCGCGCAGGUGCACUGGAAGUAGCCAAGGAAUACAUGGAGCGCAUGGCUGUGCAGCCUAACUGGAUGGUGAAAGAUGCUCCGUGGGAUGAGGUUCCAAUAGCUCACUCUCUGGUGGGCUUUGCUACAGCGUAUGACUUCCUGUAUGAAUACCUCAGUAAAGUUCAGCAGGAGCGCUUCCUGCAGGUGAUUGGGAAUGCUUCACGAUACAUGUAUGAGAAAUCUUACCACCGUGGCUGGGGAUUCCAGUACCUCCACAACCACCAGCCCACCAACUGUGUCGCUCUUCUGACUGGCAGCCUCGUGGUCAUGAACCAAGGAUACCUCCAGGAAGCUUACCUCUGGACAAAACAGGCUCUUGCCAUCAUGGAAAAGUCCAUGGUGCUUCUCCAAGAUGUGGCUGAUGGGUCUCUGUACGAGGGUGUGGCGUAUGGGACUUACACCACUCGUUCUCUCUUUCAGUACAUGUUUUUGGUACAGAGACACUUUGACAUUGGCCACUUCAAUCACCCCUGGCUGCACAAACAUUUCGCAUUUCUCUACAGGACAGUGUUGCCUGGUUUUCAGAGAACGGUUGCAAUCGCAGAUUCCAACUAUAACUGGUUCUAUGGGCCAGAGAGUCAGUUGGUGUUUUUGGAUCGGUAUGUCAUGAGAAAUGGCAGCGGGAACUGGCUGGCUGAGAUCAUCAGACAGAAUCGGGUUCUGGAGGGCCCGGGACAGGCCGGCAAGGGUCAGCGCUGGUGCACGCUGCACACAGAGUUCCUCUGGUAUGAUGCCAGCCUGCAGCCCACCCCACCUCCUGAUUAUGGUGCAUCACACCUCCAUUAUUUCGAAGACUGGGGAGUGGUGACCUACGGAAGCGCCCUGCCUGCUGGGAGAAACCACACAUUUCUGUCCUUCAAGUCGGGCAAGCUCGGGGGACGUGCCAUUUUCGACAUGGUUCACCAAAACAAAUACAAAGACUGGAUCAAAGGGUGGCGGAACUUUAAUGCAGGCCAUGAGCAUCCGGACCAGAAUUCCUUUACCUUUGCUCCGAACGGAGUCCCGUUUAUCACAGAGGCAUUGUACGGUCCCAAAUACACCUCUCUCAACAAUGCCAUCAUGUUCGGGCCCGCCGUGUCGGAGAGCUGCUUUGCACCAUGGGAAGGCCAAGUUACUGAGGCUUGUAACUCUAAAUGGCUUAAGUACAAGCACGGUCAAGCGGCAGACUGCCAGGGGCAGGUGGAGGCAGCUCUGGAGCGGCAGGGCAUGGUGUUUAUUCGCGGGGAAGGUCGCGGCGCUUACAGCCCUGAGCUGAAGAUCAAGAGUUUUCAAAGGAACUUACUGUUGCUUCAUCCUCAGCUGCUGCUGAUGGUUGACAGCAUACAGCUGCAUUUAGGCAGUGUGACACACAGCAUGAGUGCCUUCUUCCACAACACAGACAUGCCCUUUCAGGAAACCCAAGUCGAUGGAGUUCAUGGUGCUCUCAUCAGACACCGAAACGAAACCUCCAAGAUGUUCUGGUUGGACGAUACGGGUAGCAGUGAAAAGGCAACAGUGGGAUAUAGGAGCUACCCCCGUGGAUACCCCUAUAAUGGUUCAAAUUACGUAAACGUGACUAUGUCACUGAGGUACCCCAGCAGCAGAGUGGCCUACAUCUUCUUCGGAUCUGGAGUGGAUGUUCAGAGUUUCAGCGUGCACGGAGACUCAGAAACACUGGACAUCUAUCUGGCCACCGGAGAUCACACCUACACCAUCUGUCUCUACACAGAUGCGCUUCCCACCAAGCCUAUGGCCAUGGUGUUGAUGGACCAAAAGAAAGUAGUGUUUGAAAGGACAGCAGGGACAAAUGAGCAGCCGUUGGAGGAGGUCGAGGAAUACGUUAAUGUUGUGGAGGACAAUCUGCAGCAUGUCAAACCAGUCUUCCAGCAGCUGGAGAGGCAUAUCCUUUCGCGGGUGCUUAACACGGACCGUUUCCACAAAACUGCGGAGCGCCUCCUGAAGUCCUCCGACAAGAGGAAGGCCCCAGGGACUGUGGAGAAGAUGUUUUCCCUUUCUAAGAAGCAAGGGAAGGGGAAGGGAGGAAAGAAGGCCAGCCUUUCUGACAGCCUCCAAGACAUCUUCGCUCAAAUCGAGGCCAGGGAGAAGAAGGAGAGGCAGAGGACGAUUAAGCGCGUCUAUGAGGAGGCUCCCGAGGAGGCAGACGGAGACUCGAGGGCGUUCAUCGACUACAACGAUCUACGAAAGGGCAGGAAAGUGGGAUUUGUCAAGGGCCGGAAAUUCAAAGAAGUACGUGUGGGGGCUACGGCAGAGAGCGACGAUAUGUUUAAUGCCACCUCGUACAUUCGCCUCUUCCUAGUUUUAAAUAUAGCCACUUUCUUCGCCCUGCUGGCAGUGCUGUUAACACGCUUCCAGCGGGCGCAGAGUUUGCACACGCAGCGCUGCCUUUACUGCGUCCUCCUCAUAGACAGCUUCAUCCUGCUCUGUCUCUAUUCCUCCUGCUCUCAGGCACAGUGCUGACAAACAUCAUCACUGCGAGACAUUCAGAAUGGCUCAAUAUUCCAGCUCUUCAAACAUGUUUUGACACCAUUACUAUGGCAUGCAGCAGCAGUCUCUCCAAGUGAUGGCAUGUGGCUCUUUCUCACAGGCACGGUCUCGGUCUUAUCUUUACUGUGAGACACGUGGAAGUGUCUUCAUUCAGCACAACUCUGAGUCAGUGCUAGCAAGCAGAAAAAUUGAUUCCGUAAAGGAAUUAAUAGAUGUUGUGAAGAUAGCCAGCCUAUCUCAGAUCAGAAGCUUUUGUGAAGCUUUGAAAUAGUUUACAUGAAAUUUGUCUUGAAGACAACCUCUUAAAGAUAAAAGUGCUUACUUCACAGAGAUGCCAUAUUAGAACCAUUUUUGAUUCCACAAAUUCAGAUUUGAAUCUGAAGAACCGCCUAUCACCGCAAACAACCUUUUGUGAAACAGAGGUUUCCUCAGAUGUUGAAGGUUCUUCUACGGCAUUGUGAAGCACCUUUGUCUUUAAGAAUGAGCCCUGCAUGUGACAAGAGGGGGGAAAAUUAAGAAUUCACUUCCAUAUCUUAAGUUAAAGCAUUGGCAGUAAUUUAUUCCCUCGUUUGAGAUAAGUUAUGCCCACAGUUUAACUGACAUGAGGGAACAAAUUAAUAAACCAUGGCAACAAAAUAAAUUGUGCGAAUCAUGACUAAAGUAUCUAUUUUUUCACCCCUCUGCAAUAGUCAUGUUUGGGGCUCAGUAUUAAAGAGGGGCUCUCCAAGGCCUCCCACUAUUAUCUGGAUUCACUGCAAGCAAAGCACAUUUGGUAACAACAUGGGCAAUCUUUCAUCAUAAAAUGUGUAAAAUGUAUAUAUAUGUUGAAGCAAAGUAUAUUUUUUGGAUGUUGUUUUGUACUCUUCUAUUAAAAGGCAACAGAUAUUUGUAUUUUGGUGACUUCUUUGUGUACAUUUAUAAAAUAUACAUUCAAGUAAAGGAAUAUUAAAAACAUAAUUUCCAUAUCCACUAGUAGAUGCAAUUUGGAAACAACGGACACCUCUGUAGUGAAUAUGUUCAGCUUUAAAAAUAUUUUGAUAGCCUUAGUGUUGGUUUGUGUCUUAAUAUUUUUGCCUCAAUAAAUUAGAUUUAAAAAAAACAAAUUUAGGACACUAUUUGGAAAAAAUCGUCUUGCAGGAAAAAAAGUUAAUCAUUUUUACAAGGAAACUGGAAGGUGUUUUAUUUCUAAGCUGUUUAUUGUAUAUUUGGCAGUACAGCCAUUUUUUGUACCUUUUACUAAGCUUAAAAACACAUAUUUUAAAAGUCCUUUAUGUUUGAUUACAGUCAUUUACAUUAUAUUAAUUAUGUUUACAAAUUCUCUGUAUUCUGAAGCCCUUCUUUUGAUGAUGUCAAAAACAAGUGUUAUGCAGUGCAAAGUGGAUUAUUAUUUUAUAUCAUGAAGUAAAAACACGUUAUUACCA